UUAUGCUCUGAUUCUUCCUUUGAAUAAGAUUACAUUGACAAUGUACACAUGGUUCUGACAGGAUGUAAUUGUAAAACAAUAUAAGCAGACAUCAUACAUACAGACGUACUGGGAAGCUGUGGUUGACAAACAGCAAGUCAAAUAAUGUAUGGCAGCUACAGACAAUUUCUCCAGAGGGUCAAUUGCCAGAAUUCAAUUUUCAAAUAUUACAUGACAUUCUUCCAAAUAUGUAAAACCUGUACAAAUGGAAGCUUGUCCCUACUCCUCUAUGUGCUGUUUGUUUGGUCACAGAGGAGACAGACCAUUAUGUUUGUUUCAUGUCAAUGCUUGGGCAACUCAAGUGGCUGCCCUUAUCUUGUCUCUGUUCAAAGUGGAAUUUACACAGAAAUAGCCAAAUAUCAUUCUGGGUCUUACCACACCCCAUAGUGAAAUAUAUAGCCUAGUGUAAACCUUAUACUAAUAAUAGCAAAAUUGUCCAUCUACAAAACUUGGAUGAUAUUCAAAGAUGACCAACAAAAGUUGUAUAAGGCAGACAGUGUGUUUUUCUUUCUGAGUUCAUGUUAAAUAUCAAAAUUGAUCUUUUGGUUGAUGAAGUCAGAGAUAAUGAAAUCUGGGCACAUAUUUUGUGGCUGCUGAAUUAGAACACCCAAUAAAAUGUUUAUGUUUAAUGAAGACUUUCCUCUUUGUAUGUACUGUAUAUAUUGUCCUUUGUACAAUGUAUUGGUAUGUACUAUACAUUUCAUGUUUAGUAUUUGAUGUGUAUUGUAAUGUUUCAAAAAUAAUAAAUACGUUAAUUAAUUAAUUAAUCUUACCACCAGACACAACAUGAACAAAUGAAUGAUGCACAUCAGGACAGUAACUUCAACGUCAGUAUUUUAGGUGUACAGAAACCUCUACUCAUGUUGUUAAAUGAUAUACAGCAAUAUCUUCCAUAAAACGUAGUUGAUUGAUUUAAAUAAUAAUUACUACCACUGCACAAACAGUAAAAAAUGAUAUGCCUACAAUUUAUGAGUUUAAUGUAUCCUAUGUUAUGAUAAACUAUCAAAUUGACUCUGGAUUCAUUAUGAUCUGUCAAUAGGUCAAUUAAUUUGUCUUCUCUGUGGGUUGUAUACUCUUCAUUCUUUAUGCAAAUUAAUUAUAAUUUUUCAAAGUUCGUUUAUGAUUCAUUCAAAGCAUUACAAUAAAUGAGAAACAGAGCGUCAUAUACCUUUAAGAAAUACGUGGGGGGCGGGGCUCAUAACCCUUUAGGAAACGCCCCCCCCCUAUAGGAUCCACCCCCUUUAAGAUCCGCCUCCUUGCUGUGGUCUGCAUACAGACUCAGAGAGCGGGAGAUGGGAGGCGGGGCUUAAGGGACAACUCUACUGCGCAUGCUUUGUGGGCCCACAUCCGGGUACUUCUGCUCUCUACCAUGAUCUCAGGCAGUCUCCAGUUCUGGUAAAACAUCCAGCAGUCGGAGUCUCUAUCAGCUUUCAUUAAUAUAUAUAUCAUGUUAUAGAAUAUAACCCGUUUCUCUCAGGAGAAGAAGAGACGAGAUGAGCUUUAGAACAAUUCCACCUCUUCACCAUCUUAUCUGCUGUUAGCUGCUUCAUGCUAGGUGGUUAAUGCUAGUCGGUGAACAUCAACAAACUGAAGAACAACGAGGAGCAAAAACACCGGAGACACAGCAGGAGAAGGAGCACAAAGAGAAACAUGGAGAACAAAGAGACCCCCAGAACUCCGAGACACAGCAGGAGAAGGAGCACAAAGAGCAACAUGGAGGAGAACAAAGAUACCCCCAGAACUCCGGAACGGAGAAGAAGAAAGCAAACCGAACCUCACAUCUGUGACCAGUGUAACAAAUCCUUCUCAACAUCUAAUACUUUAAAGAUUCAUCAAUGCAUUAUCACUGGAGAGAAACCGUACAGCUGUGACCAAUGUGGCAACACUUUCAAUACUCAAGGUGAACUUCAGUCACAUUAUCGUAUUCACACUGGAGAGAAACCAUACAGCUGUGACCAAUGUGGGAAAACCUUUGCGCAGAAAGGCAACCUUUCAUCUCACCAGCGCAUUCAUACUGGAGAGAAACCCUACAGCUGUAAACAGUGUGGCAAACACUUUACUGAGAAAGGUCACCUUAAAACUCACCAGCGAAUCCACACUGGAGACAAACCACACAGCUGUGAAGAGUGUGGGAAAACGUUCACUACUUCAAGUAAACUCACAAUUCAUCAUCGUAUUCACACAGGAGAGAAACCAUACUGGUGUGAAGAGUGUGGGAAAACGUUCACUACGUCAAGUAAACUCAAAGUCCAUCAUCGUAGUCACACGGGAGAGAAACCAUACUGUUGUGAAGAAUGUGGGAAAACGUUCACUACAUCAAGUAAACUCACAGUCCAUCGUCGUAUUCACACAGGAGAGAAACCAUACUGGUGUGAAUGGUGUGCGAAAACUUUCACUACAACAAGUGAUCUAAAAAAACAUUGUCGUAUUCACACGGGAGAGAAACCAUACAGCUGUGAACAAUGUGGGAAAGCCUUUGCACAAGGUAGUCAACUUAAAGGCCACGAGCGCACUCACAUUGCGUAGUUUUGAAUAACUUUGAGAGCCAAGCCAGCUGUUACUUCUCCUAAUGUCCUGAUAGCUGUAUUGUUAUACACUCCUGAACAAAAAUCUGAAAACCGGGUGGAGAAAUUACCAGAAUUCCCAUUUUGUACUGGUGGAUCAUAACCAGGUUGUAAGUAGAGCUUCAAAAUGCAAAAACAGGAACAGUAGCAAGAGACCAAAACAGAAAGUAGGCAAUUUAUUGAAACCUGAAUUUAAACUCGAACAGGCUGAUCACCAGCGCAUAAAACAUUUAAGAAAAUAGCCAAAAAAAACAGAAAUUAAAGUGUAAAAAAUGAACCCAGUAAUGAGUUACCCCACCAGUGUUGUUGAUAACUUCAAACAUUUAUUUAGGCAAGCUUGAUGCGAGUGUUUCCAGGUGGCUUUUGGGAACGUUGCUCCAUAUGGUGCUUCACGAAGGGCAUCCACGCUCUGGAACCGACGUCCACUUUUGUAAACUUCCCUUGCCUUCCAUCCCCAAACGUUCUCAAUCGGAUUUAGAUCAGGAUAGUAUAGAAGAGUGACGUUAUUCUCCUGGAAGAAGUCCUUAAUCAGGGGGUUGUUUUUCGGUUGAAAGACCC